GGUUGAACGUAGCGAUCAAGAUUAAAACCCCCUUUGCCUCAUACUAUAUGCUUUAUAAUAAUCAUCUUUUAAAAGCUUGGUGACAGUUUCUCUUGAAAUUCAAUGGUCGCUGAUGAUCUUUUCUACACAAAAUCUUGAGUCUUAAACAUAUAAAACUAUACUAUAUAAAAACAACGACCAAACAAGUUAAGUUUGAUAAAUUGAUACAUUUCUGUUGAUAUUUCUAAAUUGUUUGAAAAAAGUGUAAUGCACAAAACGUAAUGUAAUUGCUUUAAGAUGUCUUCUAGUAAUAAAAUAUCAAUUUGAAAAUUAAAAACAUUACUUCUCAAAAGUUUUAUAUGAAAUCUUUCCGAAAUGCCUAAAGUUCAAGCACGAACAGUUCUAUGGUACCUAGUAUUCUUAGGAUUUGCAGUGAAUUAUAUGAUUCGUAUCAAUUUAAAUAUAACAAUAGUUGAAAUGGUGAUGUCAAAAACUAAAAACUUACAACAACGUUUCAUUGAAUUAAACAACGACGACGGUGGCGGCGGCGGCGGCCUCGUCAGAGACCAGAAUCGUUUUAUAUCUUUAAAUAAACAGUUUUCUGUUGAUUUUAACACAAGCAUAAGCAAUGCAAGCCUAAUUGAAUUAGAGAGUCACAAUUUGAAUUCAACUAAUUCCUUACCUAGCAAGUGGUCAGGCAAUGCAGUUGAACUGAACAAUUUGACAGUUAAAUAUGUGAACCAAACAUUUUAUAAAAAAAUUGAAACAUUCUCAAUAGAAAAAUACCUUCUACGUUUAUUUGAUAUUGAAUAUAAUAAAUUAGGAUUUGAGUGGAAUGAAUAUCAACAAGGGCUGGUUCUCGGGGCUUUUUUUUGGGCCCACUGGGUUACUCAAAUACCAGGUGGAAUACUCGCAAAAAAAUUCGGGACUAAAAUAGUAUUUGGUUUAUCUAAUGCAACAGGAUGCUGGAUGUGCUUUUUUAUUCCAAUAAUUUCUUACUGGGACUAUAGAGCACUUAUUUGGUGGAGAGUUAUUCAAGGAUUAAUAUGCGGUCUCUCGUGGCCAGCCAUGCAUGUCUUAACUGCUCAAUGGAUUCCACCUAAUGAACGGAGUAAAUUUGUCACAGCAUAUCUUGGCAGUUCAGUCGGUAUAGCUAUUUUCUAUCCUCUCUUUGGAUAUAUUAUCUCUUGGACCUCGUGGGAAUGGGUUUACCACAUUUGUGGUAUGGUUGGCACAUUUUGGUGGUUGGGAUGGCUUAUACUAGUUUACGAUACACCAGCCUUACAUCCGCGGAUUGAUGAAAAUGAACUAUCUUAUAUCCAGAAAUCUCUCGGCUCUUCGGUUCAAACAUCGAAAGAAAAUUAUACACCGUGGAAGGAAAUAGUUUCCUCUCGGCCAGUUUGGAUGAACGUUAUUGCACAAUGGGGGGGUAUUUGGGGAUUAUUCACUCUGAUGACUCAAGCCCCAACGUAUUUUAAAGUUAUACAUAAUUGGGACAUUAAAACGACAGGAAUUUUGUCCGGCCUGCCACACUUAAUGAGAAUGAUAUUUGCUUACAUAUUUUCUAUUUUUGGCGAUUACCUUCUUCGAACAGAAAAAAUGUCCCGAACCAAUGUGAGAAAAUUGGCCACCACAUUUUGUUGCAUUGUAAAAGGCUGCGUUGUUUUGGCUUUAGCUUUUUACGGGCACAAUUCCAUAGCUGCAAUAAUAUUUUUGACGAUUGCAACAAUGUUUCAUGGAGCCGUUUCAUCCGGACCACUUGCUAGCAUCGUAGAUAUUUCACCAAACUAUGCUGGCAUAGUUCUUGGAAUUAGUGGAAUGAUUGGUGUCCUUCCAGGAUUCAUCUCACCGUUUAUUGUUGGAAUUCUUACACUGGACAAUCAAACAAAUGAGAGCUGGAGAUACGUAUUCCUUAUCACUGCUGGAAUGUUGAUUACAUCUGGGUUAUUAUAUGUUUUGUUCGGCUCAUCAACCCUCCAAACCUGGAAUACCCCUCUGAAAUGUAAAGAUGACAAGGAGGACUAUUUGCUUUCGACCGAUACAGCUACAAAACACAAUAUUUAUAAAGAUCAAAAUUGCAUUGAAUUAUUAAACCAAAACAACGAGAACAACUAACUUCAUAGUUAUGUAAGAUUUUUUUAUUCAAUGCAUAUGAAUGCGCAUUGUUCCCAACUAUGUUUGUAAGAUUAUGUACAUAAAUAAUUAAAAUAUAAUAAAAAACCUUCACAUUAA